UGUCAGAGAGCGAGUUCAUUCCCUUGAGCCGAGGAGACGGAGCGCAGGCGAUAGGCUUUUGCCCUUCCGUUGACAUCGAGCACCUCAAAUCAGCGAGACGACGGAUAGACCUUUGCACCGAGCCCGGCCAUGGACGAACAGGCGGGGCCCGGCGUGUUCUUCAACAACAACAACAACUCCGUUUUGCCCGGCGGGGGGAAAGGACCGCUGCCCGACGGCGACGCCGGGGAGGCGGCUAGAGCGCAGUACAGUAUCCCGGGGAUCUUGCACUUCCUGCAGCACGAAUGGGCCCGCUUCGAAGUAGAGAGAGCACAAUGGGACGUGGAACGGGCCGAAUUACAGGCCCAGAUCGCCUUCCUGCAGGGGGAGAGGAAAGGCCAGGAGAACUUGAAGAAAGACCUCGUGAGGAGGAUCAAAAUGCUGGAAUACGCCCUGAAGCAGGAGAGAGCAAAGUACCACAAGUUAAAAUAUGGGACCGAGCUGAAUCAGGGCGACAUGAAGCCUCCGAGCUACGAGUCCGCAGACGAGGCCAACGAGAACGAGUCUACUGGAUCGCUCAACAACCAGCUCUCCUGGAAACAAGGGCGCCAGCUCCUCAGACAGUACCUGCAGGAGGUGGGCUACACAGACACCAUCUUAGAUGUAAAGUCCCAGCGGGUCCGAGCACUGCUAGGACUAGCCGGGGACGGAGGCGGAAAGGCAGGAGAACGGACCAGUGCUGAGCCGCUGGUCAAUGGGACAGACGCAUCAACAAAGGCCUUGGGCACCAGAGGGAAAGCCGAGCUCUCUGACAGCAGCGCUGUGCUGGAGGCCUUCAAGUUCAUUGAGAAUGCAGCAGCUGAUUUCAGCGACGAAGACGAUGACGAGGACAGCGACGGGAGAGACCGGUCUAACGUGGAAUCCAGAACGAUCCUGAGGAAGAAACCCACGUCUUCGUCAACGCCGGCCAGUAUGGACACCAGUGAAGACCCCGACACGGAGGAGGCCCUGAAGGGCUUUGACUUCCUGUCCAGUCCUGACGAGAUGGACACCUCGCCGGAGUCCAGGGGCAACGGGGACGGCACAGACUGGGAGAAGGACGAGCAAGGUCCCAUUUCUGAGGCCUGGGAGGUGGACCCGGGCAUGAUAACCAAACUCAAGGAGCAGUACAGAAAGGAGCGCAAGGGGAAAAAGGGGGUGAAGAGGCCGAACCGGUCCAAGCUGCAGGACAUGCUGGCCAACUUGAGAGAUGCCGAGGACUUGUCCCACAUGCAGCCGCCGCCGCCGUCCGCCCCCCAGCCCCGGCCCAACGCGGCCCGGUUCACCGAGCACGAUGGGAACCGCCCGGACGAAGUUGAGGCGCUGACCUUCCCGCCCACCUCCGGGAAGUCGUUCAUCAUGGGCACAGACGAGGCCAUGGAGAGCGAGCUGGGCCUCGGGGAGCUUGCUGGACUCACCGUUGCCAACGAGGCCGACAGUCUGGCGUACGAUAUUGGCAACAAUAAGGAUGCCAUGAGAAAAACAUGGAACCCAAAAUUCACACUACGGAGCCAUUUUGAUGGCAUUCGGGCUCUGGCCUUUCACCCUGUGGAGCCCGUCCUGGUCACCGCUUCAGAGGAUCACACGCUCAAGAUGUGGAACCUGCAAAAGACGGCGCCUGCCAAAAAGAGCACAUCUUUAGAUGUGGAACCGAUCUACACUUUCCGGGCCCACAGAGGGGCCGUGCUGAGCGUGGUGAUGAGCAGCUCCGGAGAGCAGUGUUUCAGCGGAGGGGUUGACGGGACGAUACAGUGCUGGAACACGCCCAACCCCAACAUCGACCCCUACGACUCCUACGACCCGUCGAUGCUGCGCGGAGCCCUGUGCGGACACACAGACUCGGUCUGGGGUUUGGUGUACAGCAGCGCGCACCAGCGCCUCCUCUCCUGCUCGGGAGAUGGCACCGUGCGACUGUGGGACGCCAACACCACUUCGCCCGCCCUCGCAGUAUUCAACGAAGACCAAAAGCUGGGAGUUCCCUCCUCGGUAGACCUGGUGAGCAGUGAACCAGCCCACCUGGUCACAUCCUUCACUAACGGGCAGAUUGGCCUCUUCAACAUGGAGACUCGCCAGCUGGUCCUCAGCCUCGAGUCCAAUUUGGAGCCGGGCACUCCGUGUCAGAUCAAUAAGGUCCUCAGCCACCCGACUCUUCCCAUCACCAUCACCGCGCAGGAGGACCGACACAUCAAGUUCUUCGACAACACCAGCGGGAAGCUGAUUCACUCCAUGGUGGCUCACCUGGAUGCUGUCACGAGCUUGGCCGUAGACCCUAACGGACUUUAUCUCAUGUCAGGCAGUCACGACUGCUCAAUCCGUCUGUGGAACCUGGAUAGUAAAACCUGCAUCCAGGAGUUCACGGCCCACAGAAAGAAGUUCGAGGAGUCGAUCCACGACGUGGCGUUCCACCCGUCCAAAUGCUACAUCGCCAGCGCCGGGGCGGACGCUCUCGCCAAAGUGUUUGUAUGACGUGGAGCUGCGCGUCUCCCUGCAGCCCCGCUCACCCCAUGACCAGGGACCAACAGAGACACGGGAGGGGAAAGACCGUCCGGCAUGGUUCCAGUCCCGCCUCUCACCGCCCGCUGGUUUCCUGUCCCGACUGGUAGACUAUGUAGCCGCGAGCCUCAAACGGGGGCGUGACUCUCCGCGCAGAGGGUCGGCAGGGAGGCCAGUCUAGAGGACUCCAUCUAGCAUCCAGGCAGGCCUGGGUGUGACCAGCCGCAGCGCCCCCUCCACCCCCCCAUCUACACCCCCACCCACCCACCCGCCCUCCAGACGGACUUAAACUUAACCUCCGUAGCUAGGAGGCUCAGGACAAGUGUUAAAAGAGCGUGCUGUGGAGAAAUUAGGUUUCAAGCCGGUCUCCUGCCCCCCCCUCCCCCAGUGACCCUGGACCUUCCCUCUCAGAUGAACCAGGUCCGGACCCUUUACUCCAAGUCAGGUUUUGUGUUGUGUUGUUCCAGCGGUGCCGUGGAAGCCCCUCACUUCUUCUCCUCUGCUUCCCUGACGGACUCUGUUUGCUGGCCUGCCUUUAUUUUCCUUUUUAAAACACGUGUUGACAAAUGUGCCUUUGCUUUAAAAAAGGUCUUGAAAAUGUUAUUUUAACGAGCUUGUUUUGGGGAUCAGAGGGGGAGUGGACGGUGGACAAAUGGAGCUGGUUGUGACAAUGUUGUUGAUUUUAACAUUGGAUGUAAAAUUACAAAUGCUUAUAAUAAACAAAAUAUAUAUUCAGUCUUAAUUUACUGUGCAGCGUGAGUUUGAGUGCUCCUUUUUGAUAAGUGUGGUUGGGAAUCAAUUUUGUGCGUUUCACUGCAAAGCUGGCAUAGUGAUACAGACCAUUAAAUAUAAUACCUGUUUGUUAAAUUCAAGUAACUGUACACUUUAGAAAUAAGUUAACAAGCAUAUGUGUCCAAAGUAAACCAUCUUGGUUAUAUAAUUAUAAUUCAAACUUGGUUCUAAAUGUCCAUUUUGGGAUGAACUAAUUGCUUUUGGCCAGUUUGCUCUUGUUUGACUUGAAUGGCUUGUACUGUUUGUAGUUUUCCCAAACUGUGCGGAUAUGCUCGACUACAAUGUGACUUAUCCUGGUCAGAUGUAUACAGUAGUCCGGUGUUUAGCAGGAAAGUAGUUCAAUACUAGGGGACUACUUUGAAAUAACAAGUUCACCAUCCAACACAUACAGGAGAAAAGUCCUGGCAAGUUCCAGUUUACUGAGGACAAGACUCUCUGGGGUGAGAAACAAAUCAAUCAAGAUGUCGUUCGUGUAGAGUUCAGCUUCAAAUGAGCCAUUUUCUCAGUCACUGGUUUGUACAUGAAAGUAUGUUCAAAAUAAAACCUGCUGUAAAAUGUUA